UGACGUUACGGAUGUGGAGCUAAGAGCUUUCGGCAGCUGUAAGGUGAGCGGCAUAUGGUAGUGGGUAGGUACGAUAAAUAUCUACUUUGGACUAUCCAUCAGACACUUCACAAUAGGAGACCCGAUACCCUACAUCUUGUUUCGUAGAUCACCUUCCAUAGGCAAGACGAACCAUCAAGAUGCUCUCAAAUUUAGCAUGGAAGGCCGAACAGGCGAUCGGCAACGACACCAACGCUGUCACCGCCCAGGACGUGACCAACCCCGGCCUGAAGCGUGAGCAAUGGGGCGACCCAAGUGUCAGCAUGAAGGCACUGGUGUGGAUGGGCAAGAACAAGGUACAGAUGGUCGACACGCCCAAGCCCAAAGUCAUCGAAGACCGCGAUGUCAUCCUCAAGGUCACCGGCAGCACCGUCUGCGGCUCCGACCUCCAUCUCCUCCACGGCUCCGUCAUCGAGCUUCAGCAAGGCGACAUCCUCGGCCACGAAUUCUGCGGCAUAGUAGACGACAUGGGCUCCGCAGUGACGAAGUUCAAGAAGGGUGACCGCGUCGUUGCCUCCUUCCAAAUCGCAUGCGGGAAAUGCUACUACUGCGACAAGAAGUGGUCAUCGAUGUGCGAGAAGACCAACGCCAACACGAUUGAGAACGCAAUGUACGGCGGCCGGACCGCAGGCAUGUUCGGGUACUCCCAUUUCACCGGCGGCUUCGCAGGCGGCCAGGCCGAGUACGUCCGCGUCCCCAUCGGCGAUGUCAACCUCCUCAAGCUUCCCGACGAUGUCCCGGACGAGAAGGGCCUCUACCUCUCCGACGUCAUCUCCACCUCCUGGAACUGCGUCGUCGACACCGGUGUCAAGGAAGGCGACGUCGUCGCCAUCUGGGGCGCGGGUCCCAUCGGACAGAUGUGCAUCGACUUCGCCUUCAUGAACGGCGCCAAGCGCGUCAUCAUCAUCGACAACGUGCAGUGGCGCUUGGACCUGUGCAAGGAGAAGUCACCGCGCGUCGAGACGGUCAACUUCGGCAAGCUCUCCGGCGCCAAGGCCGUCGUGAGCAAGUUGAAGGAGAUGUGCGACGGUCGCGGCCCGGACGUCGGGCUCGAGUGUGUCGCCGGCGAGUACCCCAAGACCACCCUCCACGCCAUCGAACUCGCCACGGGCAUGGAGACCGACACCCCGGAGAUCCUCAACGAGAUGAUCGAAUCCGUGCACAACUUCGGCCGCGUCGGGAUCACGGGCGUCUACGUCGGCUACACGAACCACUUCAACAUCGGCUCGCUGAUGGAGCGUGGCAUCCGCUUGAUCGGCAACGGCCAGGCGCCCGUGCAUCUGUACUGGGAGGACCUGUUGAAGAAGAUCCAGAGCGGCGAGAUUGACCCGCUGCGGAUGGUGAGCCAUCGCGUGCGCGUGGAGGAUUUGGAUAAGGUGUAUUAUAAGUUUGAUAAGAAGGAGGAUCAUAUGCAGAAGGUUUAUGUGGAGACCAAGUUCUCCGCGCCGCCGUGUAAGGGGAGCCCCGAGUUGACGAAGUUUUAGGGGGGGUCGAUGAUGGAAUGUGUGAUUCAAAUGUGGUAGACGAGAUACUCCUGCAUGAGACAACUAGGCUAAGGUACUGCUGAAGCCAUGCGAGGUCAUUGUCCGAUUGCGCGAUGUCACACGCUGCGCCAUUCAACACGUCCGUAACGCCUGAGCAUGCUUGGAACGCCACAAUGUCAUCUAACGGCAACAUCGUUCCGCCAUCUUCAUGUUGGAAAGACUUUCGGACAUGCCUCAGAGAAGGCCGCUGAACACGACCUUUACGAUGACUUAGAACCCUUCCGCUGCGCCAAACCAUGCGGUGAGCGACAGUAUACUCGGGAGCGGCUUCAAUAGUAGCCGUAUCCGCCAUAUCCGCCAUAGCCUCCGUACCCACCGUACCCUCCGUACCCACCACCGUAACCGCCGUACCCGCCACCGUAGCCUCCGUACUCGCCAUAACCGUACCCGGAGCGCGACGCGUAUGGGUUGCUGUAGCCGCCCU